CAACAGAAGAGUAUCCUCAUAUCUUCACUGACAAUUCUUCUUGUGUUGUUGCUGUAGCUGUCUUACACUCUUACUUCUCAGUGCGUUAGCUUAAUCAGGUACCGAGCGAACUCGGCGCUGAUUCAGUCGUCGCCGCCUCCGCCAUGGACGGCAACAAGGAUGAGGCGCUGCGCUGCCUUCGAAUAGCUGAGGAAGCGAUCGCAGCCGGCAACAAAUCCCGCGCCCUCAAAUUCAUCGGAAUCGCUCAGCGGCUCAACCAUAACCUCCCCGUCGAUGAUUUGCUGAACAUGUGCGAGCACCUCGAUUCUCAGUCCUCUGCGUCUUCUUCUUCUUCAGAACAUAAAGGUAACGAAAAUCGCGUUAAGAGCAAACCGAACGGUAUAUCGAAAACUGAUGACGAGGGUUUGAACGAGGAGAGGAAUUACACGGAGGAGAAUGUGAAGUUGAUUAGGGAAAUUAAAUUGAAGAGUGAUUACUAUGCGAUCUUGGGAGUUGAGAAGAGUUGUUCGGUUGAAGAGAUUAGAAAGGCUUAUAGGAAACUUUCCUUGAAGGUUCAUCCGGAUAAGAACAAGGCACCAGGUUCCGGAGAGGCCUUUAAGAAGGUCUCAAAAGCAUUUAAAUGCUUGAGUGAUGAUAGUUCUAGAAGGCAGUAUGAUCAGACUGGAUUGGUGGAUGAAUUCGAGUACAAUCAGCAGUACAGCGUUCCGCGCCGGAGGAGGAGAACUGCAGCAAGCCGGGAUUUCUUCGAGGAUGAUUUCGAUCCGGACGAGAUAUUCAGGGCCUUUUUUGGACAAUCUGAUGUGUUUGGGAGGCAACAUGUUUACAGGACAAGGGCAACCACCCAUGAUCAUCAUCAUCAAAGACAUGGUUUUCAGGGUGUUGCAGGUGGAACGGGGCUUAAUGUUAUGCUCCUUGUUCAGUUGUUGCCGUUCUUGAUCAUUUUGCUGCUUGCUUACCUGCCAUUCUCUGAACCUGAGUAUUCUCUGUACAAGAAUUACUCAUACCAGUUUCCCAAGACCAUAGAGAAUUAUGGGAUUCAAUAUUUCGUAAAGUCUCAAGCUUUUGAUCGUAACUAUCCACAGGGGAGUGCUGCUCGCACUACCAUUGAGGACAAUGUUAUAAAAGAUUAUAAAAAUAUGCUUCGGCGUUAUUGUCAGAUUGAGAUUCAGAGGCGGAGUUGGAAUAGGAAUCUGCCUACUCCUCACUGUGAAAAGUUGCAAAACUUUGGAGUAGUAGCCUGAUGAAGGUAACUCUAGUUUAAAUGUAAAAUUUGCCCAACAUUUUUUGUUGUUAGAGUUGGUAGAGGUUUUUAAUGGAUUGAAUAGCAUUUCCUUAUAUUUUUGCCAUUUUUUGAUACUUUUCUUGUACUUAAAUAAGAGACUGCAGUCUCCAAAUAUAUUUCAUAUUUACUUAUGUUCA